GAGCAACGAGGUAUAUAGUUUCCUUACAGACAAGGAAAAGCCUAUUGCCGACGCCGGUUUCCAUUCCUGGUCUUCCUGGUCUUCCUGGUCACCGUGUCCACAGGGAUGCCACACGGGAAAAAACAUUGUAAUACAAUUAAGAAAUCGAACCUGCUCAGCUUCUCCAGGAUUACCACAAGGAUGCCAUACAAGCAUGGAGACUCGCCCAUGCCAAGUACAGGUUUGUCCAGGAACCGGAGGAUCGCAUGAAAAACUGGGGAGUGGCAAAGCCAGAUCAGAUCACGCUGCACCGCCAAAAACCAAAGAAGAUGAGAGGAAAUUCGGGGAAAUGUCUGGUAAAGGCGGAAUGAAGAAAAAAUGGAGUUCGUAUGGAAACAACAAAACCUCGACUGAGAUGCCUUAUAAUGGAGAAGCUUUCAACUGGGUUCAAAGCCAUAACGAAAAUAAAUUUCAUAGUUAUACAGAGCGCAAAGGGAAAAAGGGACGCAAACAUUUUGGAACUGCCACCCUUGAUGGGCUUGAUAGCUUAAAAGGUAAAAAACAUGCAGAGACAAUACUGUCCGGACUGAAAAUACUCCAAAAUAAAUGCGGUUUAUUCUUUUUACCUUACGGAAAGUUUACGAUCAUAAAAGGUGAUGUUCCUGAGGGUGUGGCGCUUUUGAUGUCUUUAAGCGAUCGAGUCAGUACGAGGACCGGUGGGAGACCGAGAGGAUUUCUGAGCCAAAGCAGUCACGUAGGGAGUCUUGAGACGGUGGCUAACGCAAUACCCCGGCGGAGAAAGUUAGGAAGAGGUACGGGAACUAAAGAUACAGACAACCGGAAUUGGGAAGAUCUUGACAUCUCAGGAGUUUCUUUCAAAGGGGACGAUCCCGAGCAACUCGAUGGCUACUUAGGAAACGUGGGAAAAGUGACAUAUGAAAAGACUGGAAACAAAAGCGAUGCGAGUAGAAGGCGUGUUGUUGAAAAGCAACCUGACUCAUUGCUAAGUCAUAUUGCUAAACUUAAGGAUAUCUACACGCGAUUUUACACGGAUAGGGCAAAUUCACAGAGGUAUCAACAGUGGAUGGGGCCAUUAAAAGCAAAGUCUGUUGGAGCAUUCAACGGCAAGCCUGUUUCAAUAAUUAACGGAUUACGAGCGGUGAAAAUUACAAGGAGGCCGUUAGCCAAAGACGUGAACAAAAUCGUCAAAACCAAUGUUUUUCCGGAGCCAGUCGCCCUUUAUCCUCUCAACGCCAAAUAUGAGGCAAGAGACGUGAUCGGUGGAAAUAUACCUGGAAUAAUUAACAAUGUUGUGCCUGCAGCAGGACCUUUGAAUCAGAGCGGAAAUUCUCUCUCCUUUUUGGGAGCUCCGAAGAGCUACAUCGAGUUCCCACACAACGGACAAUUGGAAACGAAUACUUCUCUUACUUUACUGGCAUGGAUUUUACCAAGACAUCCAGGACCAAUCUUUAACUACAAAACUAAUGGAUGGGGCGUUGCCCUCUGGAUGAGCAAACCUAGCAACCUUUUUGCCCGUUUCAAUUCUCGUGGACAAAAAGGAGCACAUAAAUUCCUUACCGUGAAAAGCUCGCACAUCAUACCGAACAAGUGGAAUUUCGUCGGUGCAAUUUACCAUCAGAACACUGGACGGGCAAGCUUAUGGAUAGAUGGAAAACUAGAGGAUGCUAAACUUAUUGGGAAUAUUACGUUGGCUACUAAAUAUUCUGUAAGAAUGGGAGCGAGAAUUGGGGAUGAACGCAACUUUCGCGGUCGUAUAUCAUGCCUGCAAGUUUAUGACGUGGCAUUGACUCCUCGACAAAUCAACAACGCAAAAUGGAAGUGUAGAUCUCUUGAAAGGGUUUUAAAGGGAAAAAUAAAGAAAAACCGGCCAGCUGAGACUCGCGACGAACAUUGGGACUGAUUUUCUCGUCCCUUUGAUUAAACAUAUUUUGUCAGUAAUGUGAAUUGUCUAGAAGUUAUGAUGGGAAUACCUUCGCGUUCUAUACACAUGUCUAAAUAAAGAUGCUGGCAAAAAAGCCACCUUCCAGCCAUUUAAACCUCUUCUCUCGUUAUUGUAACAUUUUGCUGGGACAUUUACGCCGGUACACCGAUGGAGGGUGUGGUCUAUUGUUUAAAUAAUCGCUUAAUUGGUAUAAAACCAAA